AUGUCAUUGCUCUUUUUCAAGCAAAAACACAAAAAUUAUGGAAAACCUCAAUUGAAAAAUAAGUGGGAUACAUCAAAAAAGGAAUGGAGGUUAUGGAGGGAGUUGCUUAAGGAAUCUACAGGUAUUGGAUGGUGUCCAACUAAAAAGACGGUCGAUGCUACCGAAGAAUGGUGGGCUGCAAAAAUACAGGAAAAUCCUGAUUUUAAAGGAUUUAAGAAGAAAGGAAUUGAGCCACGAUUGAAUGAGUUAAUGUGGCAAAUGUUUGGUGGCAUUGUAGCCACCGGAGAGAACGCAUGGGCACCUUCGUCUGGUGUUCUUCCAAGUGGGGUUCCUAUGGGAGAUGAUGCACCUUAUGAGGGAUUUGGUGAUUCAGAUGAACAUAGUAACGAGAAUGAAGGUAUUCCCCCUGAUGAGGUACCAUCAAACCCUUCUCAUGAAAUCCUAAUCGAAGAAAGCAAACACUUGGGGCUGUACACGAUUGAGAAAUUGUGUGAGAGUAUGGCUAGUCCAAGGAAGUUAGUGAAUGAAAUUAUUUUUCCUCACUCUCAAUAUACUAUUUCAAAUGCAAUGGAUGCUUUGCGUGCUUUGGGAGAUGAAAUUCCAAAAAGAGAUGAACUGUACUAUUUUGCCACCAAAAUGUUCCAAAUACCGGUGAAACGAGAAAUGUUUUUGAACUUAGAUCCAGAUGAUAGGGUUUGGUGGCUUCGACGUGAGUAUGCUGGACAAAAUCCAAUUGCAUCAUUUUCAUCCUUGGUAGUAACAUCCUCAUUUCCCUUCCAACCAUACCAUCAACCACCUCCACCAUCAGCUCCUUAG